AUGGUUCUGGGUCUGGACAAACGUUACUUGUGGAGCGCCCUGCCGCUGUUGGGAUUCGCCAUCGGACACUUCCUGGACAAGAAGGAAACGGAACGUAUGACCAUGUUCCGUGACAAAAGUGCUCUGUACGGACGUUCAGGAGGCAGCGAUAAGGAGCCGUCAUGGUAAUCCUUCGUGCUAUCAUCUCCUCCAGUCUUAGCGUAAUCCCAUGUUUUUUUUUCGCUGUUAAACAAUAAACCGUAAAAUGGCCUGGUGAA